AAAGGCUUCACGAAUCUCUGCCUUUUGCUCUUCCGUUAAGCCAGUUCGCCCUCCCUUUUUAUCGCGGCGAGCAGCAGUGACAGUCUUCCGGUGGAAAAGAGGAAAACGGUGCCUCGUACGUUUGCUCUGGAACCAUACCUAGCUCAUUGAUGCAAGUCUAUCCGAUCCCAAUCCAAACCACAAUACAUUAACAGCUUUACAUGAUUGGGGCUGCCCUCGCUAACAGAAUAUCUUCUUCCUGCGAAAGCAAGGAUAGCUUUAGGUCGCAUUACUUCGUCAACUAAAGCCGUCCAGGGCGCCCAUCAAUUGAAUGUCACCGGCAGCCAGCGGGCAUUCGUUAGGAACCUGUCCGGCGAAUCCCAGCUGCAAACGCCUGGGUAGUUGCAGCCCGGGGUUUCGCUCCUCCUCUGCCUCAACACAUCGUCUUGCGCCACGCCCACUCAACCGUCCCAAGCACCACUCAACCAUCCCUCUACCGCACCGACUGCUUGCUACCUCCAUGUCGUCGUCUGCAUCUGACCCACCGGCGCUCACCCAAGCAGCUCAACCAGAAGGCCACUUGGAAAGCAGCGCUGCUGCUGCCACACAGCGGGUCGCAGGGCUGUCUCAGCUCGCAGGCCGCUACAAAGCCCUGCUGCUAGACCAGUUCGGUGUGCUCCACGACGGCCGCCGCCCCUACCCGGGCGCCAUAGCUGCCGUACGCGCCGCCUGCGCCGCGGGGCUGCGGCUGCUGGUGCUCAGCAACUCCUCGCGCCGGUCGGGCGGCACGCUGGACAAGCUGGCGGAGCUGGGCUUCCCACGGGAGUGCUUCGAGGGUGGGAGGUGUUCUCACCAGCGGGGAGCUCACCCACCGCUACCUCACCCUCCGCCCCGACCCCUGGUGGGCGGCGCUGGGGCGGCGUGUACUGCACAUCAACUGGGCCGGCAGGGGACCCGCCAGCCUGGAGGGGUACGGGCUGCAGGUGGUGACCGACCCACGGGACGCUGACUUCCUGCUAGCGCACGGCACGGAGGGUGUGUCACUGCCGGGCGGCGGGGUGGCGGAGCGGUCGUUGGAGGAGCUCAAGCAGCUGCUGAGGAGGGCGGCAGCGGUGGGGGAGGUGGAGGAUGAUACGGAG